UGUUUCCGACUCGCCGUACGGCCGUCGAGGAGCAAAUGUGACCGAGGUAUAACUCCAAACGAUGGGCAGUUCGUAUGAACCUGCAGUAGAUUGGCCUCCAUGCCUUGCCCGUUUAAUCUCCUCAAUCAACGUGAUCACGGUGACGGGAAUCGACUCUUGACCAUUCUUGUUUCAUCAUUCGUCUUGGAGGACGUUGACUACGGAGAUGGAGUUCUCAUUUUUCCCGAGAGGAUCCGUGACGAGGCUCGGUACCCGUCGGACUGGGCUAAUCCUCUUUUCCCUUGGAGCAUUAUCUCUCAUCUUCAUCCUAUUUUCAGUCACUCUUACUAAUCAUCGACCAGAUUAUGAAGGAUUUUUCAAAAGAUCAGUCAGGAUGCCAAUACAAGACCAAGUCUCUAAAUCAUCAAGCAGUGAUGGUGCUCAAAGGAAGCCACCACAAACCUAUCGUCCACGUGCCCGAAUGGGGGAUAACCCCAACAUUCCCUGGACAGUUCCUGCUGCCCGAGGUGACGAUGAUGCUGCUCCUGCACUCCCUCCAGACAUGCCAGAGACAACAGCAUUUGCCAUGAACGGAAGUAUUUCGGCCAAGAAAGUACGCCCUCUCCCAUUGAACGAGGAGGAAAAACUGUCCCGUAUGUUGGCAACGUCCUCACUAACCAACCAGCUACCAAACUACUUUCUUCACGGAAGUCCAGAAGCCGAUGGAGACAAGUAUAGGUUGGGGAAUGUGGCCUUUUUACAUAACGUUAAAUCGGGUGGAUCAACGCUAAAGACCAUCAUAACAAACUUGGGUAGAAAGUACAAUAUCCAAAAGGUUCUUAUAGACAGCGAGAGUAAGAGAAGCAUCUUCAAACAGUAUGAAAUUGUCGGUAGAACACCAAGGCAGACCAUAUUUGUGGGACCGAGUACCCUUGGUAUCUGCGAAUAUUUGAAAGAUCGGCCAUGUUCUUAUAUCACAAUGGUCCGAGAGCCGGUGUCGAGGUUGGUGUCUAUUUAUCUAUUCUGUAAGCAGACCAAUGCAACACAAUGUUCUCCAUCCUCGGUCAACGUUUCGCUUGAUGCAUGGGCUCUCCACUGGGGCAGUUUCCUAUUUAGGUCAUUGAUUACGCAUUUUCAGAGAUAUUUCCCAUUUAAAGCAGCUGCUAACCACUUCCAGAACUGGUCCGCAGACUUUAGGCUAUUUGCUAAGGGAAUUCAGCAGAAAUAUCCCAACAUCGUUACGGGUAAGGCAUUACAAUACAGCAUGACGCCAAGCGAGCGACGGGCUCUGCUCGACCAUUGCCUUGCAAAUUUGGAAAACUGGUUUGCUGUGAUAGGUCUUACAGAAGAGUUCGACACGUCACUAGAACUUUUCCAAGAAGUGUACAAACUCCCUUUUCCAAAGUACUAUCGUGGUGCUAUUAAUGUCGGGCAAGUUAAGAAAGGACUGGACAGUUCUGAAAUUGAAAGAAUGAAAGACAAUCUGCGCAACAAUCCAUACAUAAUGGAUGCGCUCUAUGACGAUAUACAGAUCUACCAAAAAGCGAAAGAAAUUAUGAUUAAUCAAAAACUAGCAUUUGGUUUAAUGUAGAUAACUUGAAGUAAACGAUCCGGACAAUAUCCCUGUUGAGAAAAAAAUGCUUCAAAAAGGGCGAAUUUCCAAUGGAUAAGCAUCACAAAAGGUGUGAAGUGUAUUUUGCUAGCCAUAUUCACGUGUUUCGUGUUCAAUUUUCAAUAUCAAACAGGUUUAAAUUGGCAAAAAAUUACAUUUUACUAAGGUUUUGUUUCCAAAAAAGCUAAAUCUAUUAAAGAUCUAAUUUCAUUUUUUUUGAAAAACAAUUGUGAAUGUUAGAUUUUUGAAAUCAUGACUUAAUUAAUCUAGGAUGAUAGUACACUGUAAAAACUAGUGUUAAAACUGACACCAAUAGAGGACCACACCCUGAGGUGUUAAAAUUACACCCUAGAGAUUGAACAUAACACCAAACACCAAAGAGUGUAAAUUUAACAACCAAAGGUGUUGUAAUAACACCUAUAGGUGUAAAACUGACACCACCAAUUUAACACCGGUGAAAAAUAACUUGUAUGUCCCUCUAUAUGUACACCGGUUAACACCAAAGUUUUUGCUGUGUACUGUCAUAUAUCAUCAAAAUAAAACAGCAAGGGAAAGUGGUAAAUAAAAAAAAUUACAGAAAAUUAUCAAAAGUGGAAGUAGCUCCUUUUUGAACAAAACUCUGAUCAUAACACCGACGAUUUAAUAAAACUGGCGACUAUG